GGCUCCUCGGUGCUAGUCCGGCUAUUGUUGUGUGUCUUUCAGGGCAGCUCUGACCUAUCAGCAGGCGGUGAUUUGUGGAUAUUUUAACUGUUUUGCUUAGCUCUCACCCCGCCAUAUUAAGCAGUCUUUGUCAGCAGCCGGUGUGUCCUCGCUUUUUUACGGAAUAUAAAGGAUCCCGAGCGGAAGACUUGUGGGCUGGUGAAGUAGUUAAUCGGUAUGGGACAGACGAAAGACUGAGAUUCCACGUCCAGAAGGCUGCCUGUGGGUUUUUUUUUCACAUCUCUGGGACUGUCGACGUGAAAUAAAAGAUAAAAACGUGGGGGAAGAAAAGGGGGGGAAAAAGAUCACAGGACGCAUGUAGCCGAAGAAACACCAGUGCAAAGCUCGCUUUUUAAGGCUUGACGAUGGGUUGUGUAAGGAGUAAAGAGGACAAGGGCCCAGCCCUGAAGUACCGGCCCGAUAACCCAAAUGCCACGCCGGUCAACGCCCAUCUGGGCCACUAUGGGCCCGACCCCACCCUGAUGGGUCAUUCGCCAGCUAUGAAGACACACAACAACAGCUACAACAGCCACGCAGCCGGCCUCACCCCCUUCGGUGGGGCGUCAUCAGUCAUGACACCCUUCGGCGGGGCCUCCACCUCCUUCACCUCGGUGGCUGUGAGCAGCCCCUUUCCCGGCGUCAUCACAGGUGGUGUCACAUUUUUCGUAGCGCUGUACGACUACGAAGCGAGGACGUCGGAUGAUCUGUCGUUCACAAAAGGGGAUCGCUUCCAGAUUAUCAACAACACGGAAGGCGACUGGUGGGAGGCUCGUUCCAUCAACACCGGACAGAAAGGUUACAUCCCCAGUAACUACGUGGCUCCAGCCGACUCCAUACAGGCUGAAGAAUGGUACUUUGGUAAAAUGGGCCGCAAAGACGCAGAGCGUCUCUUAUUGCUUCCAGGGAACCAGCGGGGUACUUUCUUGGCACGAGAGAGCGAGACGACCAAAGGUGCCUACUCACUGUCUAUCCGCGACUGGGAUGAGGUGAAGGGAGACAACGUCAAACAUUACAAGAUCCGUAAGCUGGACAGUGGCGGUUAUUACAUCACCACCCGUGCCCAGUUUGAGACACUACAGAAGCUGGUGAAACAUUACACAGAACAUGCAGAUGGUCUGUGCUACAGGCUGACAACCGUGUGUCCCACCGUGAAGCCUCAGACUCAGGGACUAGCUAAGGAUGCCUGGGAAAUCCCGCGAGAGUCUCUGCGACUGGAGGUCAAACUGGGACAGGGCUGCUUCGGUGAAGUUUGGAUGGGCACAUGGAAUGGCACCACGAAGGUAGCUAUUAAGACGCUGAAGCCGGGAACCAUGUCCCCAGAGGCUUUCCUACAGGAGGCUCAGAUCAUGAAGAAACUCCGACAUGACAAACUGGUGCCUCUCUACGCAGUGGUGUCCGAGGAGCCCAUCUACAUCGUGACAGAAUUCAUGGGCAAAGGUAGUUUACUGGACUUCCUGAAGGAGGGAGAUGGUAAAUAUCUGAAGCUGCCCCAGCUGGUGGACAUGGCUGCACAGAUCGCAGAUGGCAUGGCCUUCAUCGAGAGGAUGAACUACAUCCACAGGGACCUGAGAGCUGCCAACAUCCUGGUGGCCGAUAACUUGGUGUGCAAGAUCGCUGACUUUGGCCUGGCUCGGCUCAUCGAGGACAACGAGUACACCGCCAGACAGGGUGCUAAAUUCCCGAUCAAGUGGACGGCCCCUGAAGCUGCUCUGUACGGCCGCUUCACGAUCAAAUCAGACGUCUGGUCGUUUGGUAUACUACUGACUGAGCUGGUCACCAAGGGCAGAGUACCGUACCCAGGUAUGGUGAAUCGAGAGGUACUUGAGCAGGUAGAACGAGGCUACCGCAUGCCCUGCCCACAGGGCUGCCCCGAGUCCCUCCACGAGAUGAUGAGGCAUUGCUGGAAGAAGGAGCCAGAUGAGAGACCGACCUUUGAAUACAUCCAGUCCUUCUUGGAGGAUUACUUCACAGCCACAGAGCCACAGUACCAGCCAGGGGACAACCUCUAGUGUGGGAGAUUCAGGGGCGAGAACUCUGGCAUCACGCAGAGGUACAUCAGUGGAGAUCAAAGCUCGGGACGACAAAGAACUUCAACAAAAUGGGAGAAGCCUUGAUGAGGCGGCGGAGUAAAGAGGUUAUAAUGUUAUAAACUAGUCCACAACCACAGUGGUAUAUCUGCAAGUGCAAGAGGAAAAUGUUUUCUGAAGUAGAGGUUUGUCCCUUGUGUACCCGGGGGACCAAGUGUUGGGGGAAAUGUGCAGAUUGGUGCUGGUACGUUAAGCUCUGGGAACCCUGCUAAUCACAAUAAUCCAUACAGAUGGGCCACAACACUGUGAUCAAAAGAGAGAGACAAAUUCAAGGAAACUUGCAGAUUUUUUUAAAGGAAAAAAAAACUUUUUUUAAAUGAUAAAUUCCCCCCAUUCUCCUUUUUUUUUUUUUUUUUCACAAUUUGAUAUUAGAGGCAAAAUCUUUAACAUGUACCUGAGUUUGGUUUGAAUAUGUAGAUUGAUGCAUACAUUUUUUUUCUUUGUUUUUUUUUUUAAGUGACCAACAACUGUGGUUGAAUUGUCAAGUAUGUGCUGUGACUGUAAAGCUUUGACAGAGAAGUGGAGUCGAUGAAAAAGGAUGCGAGAAUGUAUCAAGAGUUAUGUGCAAAGAGAUGUACUUUUAGAAGGUGUGAUCAGGUGGAUGAAUGCGAGCAUGAGGAGCGAUUUAUAUGAUUCUUGUUCGGUCACUUGAAUGGCAAAUCAUGUGGAUUUAUUAUGCUUUUCUUUCUUUUUAUUUAAACGGGGACUUGAAAUCGUAAAAAAGAGGUAUUUUGAUAAUAUACAAAAACACUUUUCAUGUUUAACAUUUUAUAAAUGUCUUGAAAUGGACUCUCAGCUGUGAAAUUUUAUGUGCGAUUGAGUUUGUCUGAAAUUAGUAUCUUGUCUUCUGUUCGGUGCACAACUCCGAUAGUUGUAAAAAGACUACACAGUUUUGAUUUUGCAGCAGGAAAAAAAGGACCAGGAAAACUGUUCAAUCUACUAAAUUCACAUCAUCAUGUAAGCCAUUCAUGCCGCUGUAGUAUUUCCUUUUUCUUCUCAGUAAAAUCCCAUUGACUAAAAGCGCCUUCCAUGUCCUCAGUUCUGUGUCUGCUGGAGGGAACGUUUCAUCCAAAGCCAACAACACAAAAAGAAUCUCUUUGAUUUGUGAAUGCACCUAUGCAAACUCAACCGGUGAUGUUUUUAUAGAAUGGAAAGUCUCAGAUGGUGUUUGCCUGUGUCAAGCUAUUAUUUUCUUAUUUCCCAGCUGUAGAGAUGAUGGAUAACUUCUGGACAAAAUAAACACCUUGCACUCACAUCAGGGGCCUCAUUUAUAAAAAUGGAAUAAGCUUAAUUUGACGUGGAAACGAUCUCUUUUCCAGCUGGUUAUGUAGGGUCACUGCAGUUUGGGACCCAAGUCUGCGGUGAACUUUGCAUUAGCCGUAUGAACAAUGUGCAGCGGCGACACACUCCAGAGCUGUGUGUUUGUCUUUGUUCCUCAGCCCACUGAAUAGUGUGUGUUGCCAGGCUUCUACCAUCACGUGAUCUAGUCUUCCAAAAACUUUGGUUUUGCGUUUUGGUUCAUGGCUAUUCUGGACUGAAACCCUAAGUUCUGCUGGCAUUAUCUAAGGAGAGAUGUCAAAGCAGGGACUGUCACUUUAAAGGUCAUCUUUGUGAGAAAGUUGAUUUGUGACGUAAAGUGUCAGUAUUUAAUGAGUCUUAUCAAGUGGACCAUGAGAAGUUUGAUCUAGAUUUUGAGAUCACAUGUGCCUGAGUUACAAAUGGGAUUCUUGGACCCUGACUUCAGCAAGGUCUUUUACGCUCAUCAGCAGCUCUUGAGUGAGUGGGACCGUCAGAAAUCUUAAGUUCAUGGCCUAGUAUAAAUCUAAGAACACUUUUAUAAAUUGAGGCCCCUGAUAUUUUAGUGCUGUUAGUCCAAUAACAAGUUCUUAGAGGUAUUUCCAACUGUCUGUCCAGCGGUACGCGAUGAGAGGUAUUGAAAGAUGUAAAAGCAUCUUCUUCAACAAGUAAACUUCAGGAUUGGAUAAAGAUGUGAACGUUGUUUUUCUAUCUCUGUGUUUGUCCCUCACGAGAACCCUAACGUGAUUGUUCUUGAGCUAGAGGGGAGAUGAUAAUGAAAUUACUGAGAAUGGUAACUAAUAUGGUUUUGUACAGAAAAAAUAAAAGUUUUACUCAAACGUU